UCAAAAUUUCAUCAUCCAAAAAUGAAUUACACUCCAGAAACUUUCUCUAUUGGUGUACCUGGAAAUAGAGGGGUGAAUUUUGUAGGUGGGAAUGUGGAUCUCAGUGGAACACUUAUAAUCAAAGCUCGUUUAGGUGAUGAUAUACGAUGCAUACCAAUUCACAACGAAGAUCUGACUUAUGAUGACUUGCUGUUGAUGAUGCAGAGAGUAUACCGUGGCAAACUUAGUAACACGGAUGAUAUCACAAUUAAAUACAAGGAUGAAGAUGGCGAUCUUAUAACGAUUUUCGAUAGUUCUGACCUUGCCUUUGCAAGAACCGUUUGCAGAAUAUUAAGGAUAACUUUGUUUGUUAAUGGAGUACCUCGACCUCCUGAACACACCCUUGUUGCAGAGUUUAGAAGAGAAUUGACACAGAUUAGGGAUAGGAUAAAUUAUCUUCUAAAUAGAUUGGAGAUAAAUGAUGAAAGUGACCAGCCCAAAGGUGGACAGCAGCAGCCAAUUGAUAAGCAACCUACACAAGUUUCUACUCAGGAGGGAUUGCCAUCUAUACCCGUUCCUCCCAAGCCCACCCCAGAGGUGACCAUGUUUGAUCCCCUUGCCAAGGAUAAACAGCAGCCAGACAGCUCCACUACGAGCAUCUCUCGACAGCUAUACCCCACCAGCCCUGCUGAUGGAGGUUUAAAAAACCAAGAUCCAAGUUCCCAAGGGUAUCCCCAACAGUCCAACCCUGCGUCACAGCAGAUGCAGCUUCCAGGACAACAGAACAUUGCACCGUCACCACUAGCAAACAAAGCACCUUCAGCAGCAUCAUAUGCACAGCAGACCCAGUAUCCUCAGCAGGCUACCCAAGCUGGUCAAGCGCCUUCACAAUCUUAUGCUCCCACUUCCACUCAGACCCAGUCAACCUACCCUGGUAUGACCAGCUCAUCUUCAGCAUAUCCCGUGAGCCAAGCUCAACAAGCCUAUAGUCAAACUAGUCAACAAAGUUACACUCCGCAAAGCCAAAGUUACUCAGCUACUGGGGUUGCACCUUAUUCUGGAACAGGACAGGCCCAGACGCAGUAUCCAGCGGCUUAUCCACAGCAGCAGCAGCAGCAGCAGCAGCCGCAAUCCCAACAGCAACCUGCUGCACAGGGUGGUUAUGGUAGCACUCAAGGGUAUCCAAGUGGUCAGUAUCCACAGCAACAGGGGUACAACCAAUAUAGCUAUAACUAUCAACAGCAGCAACAACCAUAUCCAAGUUACUGAGGUGUACCUUCAGUCUUGUUAAGGUACAUUUGUAAUCGGCUGGGACAGAACUCAAUGUACAAGCAGGAUUGUGCACAGUUUUGCAUUUUCUAACUGCAUAAUGUGCUAUCUCAGUACCAACAGAGCUUGUUUCAGUAUGGCUUAGUUAAAAAUUUUCUUCAUGAUUUGUGUUAGCAGCUAAGGACAAUUUGUUUUUUUAAAGUGUAAACAGGGGUUUCAUUAACCUUUUCAGUAGGAGGGCAACUGGUUUUCACAGGC